AUGGGUUACUCGAGGAGAUUGAGGUCUCUCUUACUGUGUGUUGUGUUACUUGUGAUACGUGCAAUUGGGGAGGACCCUUAUAGGUUCUAUACUUGGAAUGUCACCUAUGGAGACAUCUAUCCUCUUGGAUAUAAACAACAGGGGAUAUUGAUAAAUGGGCAGUUCCCAGGACCACAGAUUGAAUCCGUGACCAAUGAUAACUUGAUCAUCAGUGUUUUUAAUAGCUUGGAUGAGCCUUUCCUUAUCUCUUGGAAUGGGGUGCAACAGAGAAGGAAUUCAUGGCAAGAUGGAGUGUAUGGUACUAACUGUCCAAUCCCACCAGGGAAGAACUUCACUUAUGUUCUUCAGGUGAAGGAUCAGAUUGGUAGUUACUUCUACUUUCCUUCCCUUGCAUUCCACAAGGCAGCGGGUGGUUAUGGUGGCUUCAAAAUUGCUAGCCGCUCCGUGAUUCCUGUACCUUUUCCUCCUCCAGCAGCAGAUUUCACUAUAUUGGCAGGAGAUUGGUUCAAGAGAAAUCAUACUGAGCUAAGGGCCAUUCUAGACAGUGGAAGUGACCUUCCUUUCCCUGAUGGGCUUAUCAUAAAUGGUCGUGGUUCCAAUGCUUACACUUUCACUGUUGAUAAAGGCAAGACUUACAGAUUCCGGAUAUCAAAUGUUGGGCUCACAACUUCUAUCAAUUUUAGAAUCCAAGGGCAUAAGAUGUUGCUAGUUGAGGUGGAAGGAAUCCACACUCUCCAAAACACUUAUGAUUCCCUUGACAUUCAUUUGGGGCAGAGUUACUCUGUGUUGGUUACUGCUGAUCAACCACCCCAAGACUAUUAUAUCGUUGCCUCAACACGAUUCACCUCACAAGUUUUGACUGCUACCUGCAUUCUUCAUUAUAGUAAUUCAGCAAAAAGUGUUUCUGGUCCUCCCCCAGGAGGGCCAACAUUUCAAGUUGAUUGGUCUCUUGAACAAGCUCGCUCUGUCAGGCGAAAUCUGACAGCCAGUGGACCAAGACCUAAUCCACAAGGAUCCUAUCAUUACGGUUUGAUAAAUACAACCCGUACAAUUAGACUACAAAAUUCUGCACCCAUUAUCAAUGGGAAGCAAAGAUAUGCUGUUAACAGUGUUUCUUUCAUUCCUGCUGAUACACCACUUAAACUUGCUGAUUACUUCAAGAUCCCUGGAGUGCUCAACCUUGCUAGUAUCCCAGACAACCCUUCUGGAAGUGGUGGUUACCUCCACACUUCUGUCAUGGCUGCUGAUUUCCGAGGAUAUGUAGAGAUUAUAUUUGAAAAUCCUGAAGACACUGUGCAAUCAUGGCACAUUGAUGGCCACCACUUCUUUGUUGUUGGAAUGGAUGGAGGCCAAUGGUCAGCUGCAAAAAGGUCAAAUUACAAUUUGAGAGACACAAUCUCUCGGUGCACAGUUCAGGUGUAUCCCGAGUCAUGGACUGCAGUGUACAUGCCUUUGGACAAUGUGGGAAUGUGGAAUGUGAGAUCAGAGAAUUGGGCUCGUCACUACUUAGGGCAGCAAUUUUAUCUUCGUGUUUAUUCGCCUGCCAAUUCAUGGAGAGAUGAGUACCCAAUACCAACUAAUGCUUUGCUUUGUGGCAGAGCUAUUGGCCAUGGAACUCCAUCUUUAUAAAGAUUCAGUUUUUUUUUUUUUUUUUUCUUUUCCACUCUAGGCUUAACU